AUGGAGAACCAGACGGAGGUGAGCGAGUUCAUCCUACUGAGUCUGACUAGUCUCCAGGAGCUUUGGGGUUUCCUCUUCACUCUCUUCCUGCUGCUCUACCUGGCCAGCGUACUGGGGAACGGCACCAUCCUAGUCUUGGUGAUGGCCGAUCCUCAUCUCCACACCCCCAUGUACUUCUUCCUGGGCAACCUCUCCUGUCUGGACAUCUUCUACUCCACCGUCACCGUGCCCAAGUUGCUGGCUGGUUUCCUCUCCAGGCACCAGGCCAUCUCCUUCACCGGCUGCCUGUCCCAACUCCACUUCUUCCACUUCCUGGGCAGCAGCGAAGCUGUCCUCCUGGCCGUCAUGGCCUACGACCGCUACGUGGCCAUCUGCAACCCGCUGCGCUACAGGCUGGUCAUGAACCCGCACGCCUGUCUGCUCCUGGCCACGGCCACCUGGUCCAGUGGUUUCCUGCAUGCCCUGAUGCACACGGUCAUGACCUCCCGGCUGCACUUCUGUGGUCCCAACCAUGUCCCCCACUUCUUCUGUGACAUCAAACCUCUCCUCAGCUUGGCCUGCGGCAACACCCACCUCAACCUGAGCCUCAAACUGAUCCUUGUGAAUGUGGAUGCCGCGGUCCUCGGUCUGAGCUCCUUCAUCCUCACGCUCCUCUCCUACCUCUACAUCAUCUCCUUCCUCCUUCUGAAGGUUCAGUCGCGGGACAGCAGGGUGAAGGCCUUUUCCACCUGCUCCUCCCACCUCACGGUGGUGACUUUAUUCUACGUGCCGGUGAUCUGCAACUAUGUGCUCCCCUCUCCGGAGGACAACCCGGAGCGGGACAUGGUAGCCACCCUCAUGUACAACAUUGUCACCUCCGUCCUGAACCCCCUGAUCUACACCCUGAGGAACCGGGAGGUCAAAACUGCCCUGAGGAAAAUGCUAGGGAGAAAACUGUUUCCUGGAAGGUCGUGA